AUGCCUUCUAGCAAAUAUCCACUCUCCCCUUCAAUGAGAGCUCCAAACUCGCCCCUCUCCCAACCUUCAAGGAAAACCUCAAUUGCUGAAAUGUUGUCUUCGCCCCCCCCAUUGGAGAAUACCGACUUCAACAUCAAUUCUAAUUCCUCUCUGUCAAAUCUCGAAUUGAAUAAUCCAAAUAGCGUGCCUCACUCCCCUGCAGUGUCCUCGAUUUCCUCAAUUCUUAACCAGGACGACUUGGUCAAUAACUACGGAACCGAUAACGAGGAAUAUGCAUCCUCAAUGAUGAUUUCUAGAAACCCUUCUACUUCCUCAACGGCCUCUCAUUUCUUAAAUGGCGCCUCUCUUGAAUGGCAAGACAUUAAGUUGUCCGAAUUGGUGGAACAGAAUAAGUUGAUACGUAUCUCUGACAAUAUAAGUGUCGAGCAGGCAUUCCAGACUUUGGUUGAAAAUGGGCUAACUUCCGUACCUGUAGAGUCCACCCCAAACGAUUUGGAUUGCUUAACUUUCGAUUACACAGACUUGAAUACUUAUUUACUCUUGGUUUUAAACAAGUUGAAAAUCGAAAACCUGAAUAGCAUAGAUUAUGAACCAAAAUCUCAAAUCUUGGAUUAUAUUAAGGCCGCCCAGACAGGUAAACAAGUGCCGGUCUCCUUUGUUAUUAGACUAUCCCAUAAAAAUCCGUUUUUGAAAUUGAACGAAUCGGAUACAUUGUCGACUGUUGUUGAAAUCUUGGGUACCGGAGUACAUCGAAUUGCAAUUAUUAAUAACAACAAGUUGACCGGAAUCUUAUCUCAGAGGAGAUUGGUGAAGUUCUUGUGGGAUAAUGCUAGACGUUUCCCUUCAAUGGAAGGCUUGUUGUCAUCCUCAAUCAGAUCUUUACAUAUCGGCUCCUCAAAUCCAGUCUCUAUUUUUGGUGAUGAACCCCUAAUCGAAGCCUUGAUGAAAAUGCACAACUUAAAAAUGUCUUCUCUCGCAGUUGUUGACAGAAAUUACCAUUUGUUGGGUAAUAUCUCGGUCACUGAUGUUAGGUUGGUUUCUUCAUCUUCCAAGUCCGAUCUAUUGUAUAAAUCUUCAUUACACUUUAUCUCAGUCAUACUAAAUUCAAGAGGUUUAGAGAAUGGGAAAGACUCCUUCCCGAUUUUCCAUGUUACUGCCCAGACUUCCUUAGGUAGGGCAAUAGCUAAACUGGUUGCUACAAAGGCCCACAGGCUAUGGAUCGUCAAGCCCGAGAGUGCAUCCUCCACGCCGUCUUCCCAAGAUUCAAACUCUAAACAUAGCCACAACCACAGCCACAGCCAUAGCCACAGCCAUAAUCAUAAGCUUGAAGAUGAUGUACAUGCGACAGGUAAAUUGGUUGGUGUUUUAUCAUUGACGGAUAUCUUGAGUUUGUACGCCAAGACGUUAGGCAAGGCCCACGUUGAACCGAGCUUAGCUAGACGACAACGUAGAAGAUCCAGCUCAGGUGUGAGUGCAUUGAGCAAUGGAAGCCUCGAGAUGUUUAGAAAGAGUAUCUCCGAGAGUAGCCAACGGUGA